GCAAAAAUUGGUUUAAAAGUAAAUUACUGCGGUGCUCUGCAAGCAAGCCAAACAAAGUUGUGAAAUUAUUGCAUUUCUCUGCCUCGAAUAUUUAAAAACGGGAAUAAAUAAACUGCGGCGCCGGUUUGCACUUAUAAAAAUAUCAAAAGUCGCUGUAAAAGCAGGAGAAAUAUGCGAAACUACCGCAAGUCGUGAGGCUUUCACAUAGCUGUACUUUGACGUUCGUCAGAAUCACGUGUCGCAGUCGCGACGGCAGUCGCAGUCGAAAUUAUAAAAGUUUUAAAGUUAAAAAUCAUUAACCAUGCCGCCAACAAAACGCGAAAAGUCUGAUGUUUGGAACUACUACGUAAAUAAAAAGGAAAGCGGUCUGGCUAUGUGCAAAACAUGCUAUGGCACCCUAAAAAACAAUAGAGUAUCAAAUUUAAAAACACAUUUAUUGAAGCUGCACAAUAUAAAAGUCCAAAAUUUAAAAAUUGAAAAGCUCGAAUCUGCACCGACCGAGGAACUGGAAUCUGUGCCAUCUGGAUUAGCUCGCAAGGCGAGUUUAAAAGCUUUGCAUAUAAAGCAAGUGCUCAGAAAAAAACGAAAAGCUGUGUGGAAUUAUUUCGAAAAUAAUAUAGAAAGCGGUCGGGCCAAGUGCAAAAAAUGCAGAUCCCGACUAAGAAAUAGAGUAUCGAACCUAAAAGGACAUUUAAAGCAACAGCACAAUAUAAACCUAUAUUAUGCGAAACGACCACCCAUGAAUAAGAUCCGAGUUAAUGUGAAUAAAAUGUUGCUGCUCACCAAUCGAAAUGAUGUUUGGAAUUACUAUGUGAAUAAUAUAGAGAGCGGCAUAGCCACGUGCAAGACAUGCAGUGGCACUUUAAAAAACAAUCGAGUGUCGAAUUUAAAAACACAUUUAUGGAAGGUGCACAAUCUAAAACUACCAAUUUUAAAAAUUAAAAAUGAACCCAUCGAAACAGCCACCACGUCCGAUCAGGAUCAGGACUCGGUGGCUUCUGUCCAAAUAAUAAUACCCAAGCAAAUAUGUGAAAUUCAUGUGAAUAAAAAACAAUUACUUAGAUCUUUUAUUGGGCUUGUGACGGAAGACUGCAUUCCCUUAAAAGUUUUGGACUCGCCCAAUAUGAGGAAUAUCAUUGACCCCAUCUGCCAGGGGCUGGAAGCAGCGACUGGACAGCCAAUGCCCUUGAAUGCGUCGAGCUGCAUCAAAAAUUUGAAUCAGGUCGCAUCUAACAUCCGACAGGACAUAGCAGAGGAAUUGAAAAACAGAUUAUUGUCAUUUAAUAUAUACAGGCUAUGCAGAAACUUUGCCGAAGUCAGUGCACAAUUCCUGAGUGACGCUCAAAUAAAAACCCGUAUUUUAGGAAAUGUUCAUUUGAUUGGUUCUGAUUCAAGGGCAGCCAAAAAUGUUUCCUUUGAAAAGUUCAAGAAAUUUAAUAUUAAUCGAAAUCAAAUAGUUUCGGUUACGUAUAACAAAGGAUCGCAGCCCAAAGAAGAAUGCGAAGAGCACUGUGACAACGAAGAGUAUCUAAAAAGAAUCGAGUUGGUACAAGAAUCACCAAACAUCUUAUUUGAAACUAUUCAAGCUUGUCGCUGUGCUGCCGACAUAGCUCAAAUUUGUGUACUCGAUGCUACAAAAUCCUCGGAAAUAAUUAGAUACUUAUUCACUUGUCGUGACUUAACGAAAUAUAUCAGAAAACCUUCGAACGGCUAUCAAGACAUUUUUGAGCAAAAGAAGUUAAAGAUGCCGCAGCUUGACUGUCCCACCAGAUGGGGCUCCACCUAUGCGAUGUUGGAACAUCUGAAACUAGCCAAAGACGUGUUGACCAAUGUCGAACCGGGGACAAGCAACUUUCAAGACGAUAACUUUACAAUCGACGAGUCAUUUUGGGAAUUUAUCGAAAGCUAUUGUAUUGUGUUCAGUCCCUUGCAGAAAACCAUACAAAAAUUUCAAUUGGAGCAAUUGCAUUAUGGCAAUUUCUACGCUCAAUGGCUAAAAUGUAAAAUAUGCACAGAAAAAAUCGUAAACGAUGCAACUGAAACUUUAACCACAACAAUUGGAAACAUAGUUUUGAAAUCCAUCGAAAAGCGAACGAAAAUAUUGAUGAGCAAUACAAUUUUGAUUUCGUGCUUGUACCUGGAUCCACGAUUCCAUCAUACCUUAACAGCACAGCAAAAAUUGUCUGCCAGAGAGUAUUUGAAAACAAUUUGGGAUAGAAUCAAUGAAUUGGACCCCGCGGACACUUCCAGUUUAACGCCGAUCGUUUCGAUGCCAAAUCAAUCUAAUGAAAGCUAUAUUGAUGAAGAAGAUGAGUUGCUUAACCAAUACUUGGCCCAAGGAAUUAAAAACGUCAGCAGCACAAUCAAUGUGUAUACAAAGAUUGAGGCUCUUCAGCUGCCAUUCCAAAGAAUUGAUGUUGACGUUCUAACGUUUUGGCAGGGGAGACAGUAUUCUGAUCAGGAGCUGUAUGCAAUAAGUAAAGUUUGCUUUGCAGUGCCAGCAACUCAGGUGGCCACUGAGCGAAAAUAUUCUACGCUACGACUGCUUGCCGACAAUUAUAAUCAACUUGGUCAGGAAGCACUGGCAAACAUAUUGUUGGUCAAAUUAAAUCCGAAUUUUCUUGAAGCCGCCAUUGACAAUUUGCCAAUAUUUAAAAUCGACCAAGAGGAGAUGGACAAUAAAAUAAAUGAAUAAUAUACAAAAAUUGAAAAUAUAUUGUAUAUCAAGUUAUUAAACAAGUCAAACUGUUUGAGUAAUAGUAAGCAGUCGACGGUGACUGCUGAAGGUGGAAAUCAAAGCAGAGCCUUUGGAAGUAAAACAAAAUGAAAAAAGCUGCACAGCUUUGACUGCGAAUUGAAUAAGUCGUUACUAAAAAUUAGCAGAUAAAGCUAGAAUAUUAAAUAUAUGAUGAUAGCAUGCAGUAAUUUAAGCAGAAACUUUUGGAGCUUUAUUUAAUCUUUAAUUUUCUUUCGGGUUUAUUAACUCGUUCAAUUGGCGACGUUUUGCAGCACUAAACACAACAUUAAUUGGAAUUGCGAAAAACUGGGCUACAUUUUUCAAAGUUGGCGCGAAUCUAGUUACAAGUUGACACAAAUAUGCACAUGAGCAUAAAAUGGGCACGGGCUGCAUAAAUCCGGCCAUAAAUCACGGGGCACGCGGAUACGCAGUGCGUACGCUAUGCAAAUGAGUACGGCUACAAACAAAGUGCCGGCGAUAAACUGCUAGCUGGCUGGCUGGGCGAGUUCCACUUAUCGCCAGUGGAGGCGCCGCCAAGACGCCGCCAACAAUUUUGGAGGUCUAGGUGAGAGACUAUAAAUUGGUCGUCGUUCCAGCCCGGAGCCACAGCAAGUGAGGGAACGUGGCGUAAUGGCAAAGUUGCAACGAAUUCUCACAUCUUUGUUUGUUCUCAGCGUGGCCGGGGCACUGCCGCUGGUGGAUCUGGACUCUGCGGACGCCAUUGACUUGUCGGACCUGGGCGAGGCGAUAUUCGGUAAUCCGGACAGCGAGACCACGGGCGUACUGGUCGAUGCGCACGAUGUGGAGUCCGAGCAGAAUCCCGAGGAGCUGGGCACCUACUACGAGGGCGACAUCCUCAUACCGCUGAGCUAUCGCGAGGCUCGUUCCAAUGGCACUCGCAACGGCAUCCUCGCACAGAGCUCACGCUGGCCGGGAGCGGUCGUUCCCUACGAGAUCAAGGGUCCCUUCACGACCCAGGAGCUGGGAAACAUCAACCACGCGUUCAAGGAGUACCACACCAGGACCUGCGUGCGCUUCAAGCCGCGCACCACCGAAAAGGACUACAUAUCCAUUGGUAGUGGAAAGUCGGGCUGCUGGAGCAGCAUUGGACGCCUGGGCGGACGCCAGGAGGUGAACCUGCAGUCGCCCAACUGCCUACGCACCUAUGGCACGCCCAUACACGAACUGAUGCAUGCCCUGGGUUUCUUCCACGAGCAGAACCGCCACGAACGGGACUCGUACGUCAAGGUGAUGAGCGAUAACAUCAAGCCCGACAUGAUGGCCAACUUCGAGAAGGCCAGCUCCCGCACACAGUCGGGCUUUGGCGUGGACUAUGAUUAUGCCAGUGUAAUGCAUUACUCGACCACCAGCUUCACGCGCAACGGACAGCCCACGCUGAAGGCACUCCGUCCCGGAACCGCGGCCAGUCAGAUGGGACAGCGCAAGGGUUUCUCAGCUGGCGAUGUGCGCAAGAUCAACGCCAUGUACAAGUGCACGAUGUAACGCUGAUCGGAUUUGCUUUAUUGGAAAAAUACAAUAUAUUCUAUA